UCCCUAUACAAGCAUUACAGUAUAGUUAAUUAAACAGACAUAGGAGGUAUAAAAUAAAAAUGAAAAAAUAAAAUAUAAUUGAGAGAGAGGAGGAGGUGGAGCAAAGGCAAAAGCAAAAGAAGCACAGCACACCCAUACACACACCACCUUCAUCAACCCCAACCCCAAAAACAUUCACCAUUCCAUUUCCUUCCCUUUCUCACUCUUCUUUCUCUCUCUCUCUAUACACCAACAACAAUAAUAACUAUAUAUAUAUAACAUCACUCUCGCUUUCUCUCUCUUCCAUGGCUGCAGGUGCAGCUGCGCUAAUUAGAGCGGCGGCGCUGCAUAUGUGCGUGGUGGCGGUGGCGGUGCUGUCCUCCGGCGCGGCGGCGAACUGGUGCGUGGCGCGGAGCGACGCCUCCGAUUCGGCCCUCCAGAGGGCGCUGGACUAUGCAUGCGGCGCCGGCGCGGACUGCUCCCCGCUUCAGUCGACGGGGCUCUGCUAUCUGCCCAACACCAUCGCCGCCCACGCCGCCUACGCCUUCAACAGCUUUUACCAGCGCAACGGCGCCUGCUCCUUCGCCGGCACCUCCACCAUUGCCAGAACUGAUCCAAGCUAUGGAUCUUGCGUUUAUCCAUCGUCUCCAAGGGCUGCUGGGGUCCCGACAUCUACAGGUACAACAACCUCACCACCACCACCACCACCACGAGGUGCCACUGAUCCGCUGGUCGGGGGUGGUGGAGGGGGGUCAAUACCCGACAUGGGACCAGGCUUUCCCGACUCUUCCAGCCAGGCUAAUGGUUCCCAUUCCCAAAGGUCGUUGCGAAAAACAAUGUUGUUGCCUUUCUUGCUUGUGUUUUGGUUCGCGCUCGAACUAUCUUGA